CCGGAGGAAGAGGAGGUCAAACCAAACGCGCUGCAUGAGUCUGAAAAACGUGAUGCAGAUUUAAGGGACGGUAAUCUGAAAAAUACAGGUUCAGUAGUAUUAUAUGGUUUUUUGCUGCAUUUGUUAGGGUUACAUUUUAGUAGCAGUGUUGAGGAGCACGUUUGUUUACAAUUUGGUAAGAGCGCUAGCUAGCUAAUGCUAAUGUUAGCGUGUCCUGUCGCUGGGUGACAGGCGAAGUUAAUACCAAUAAAAUUAUGAGUUUUGCUUACUGAAAGUCAGUGUUAUUCAAUAUUUAGGAGUAAAGAGUGGCGUUUCUCCAUAGGGCAUUAACUUUGGCUGUUGGAAAGCUCUUGCCUUAGGUAAUUAUCUCGUUUUGUGGAGCUUGUGUCACGGUCACGGUCAUGUUUCACGCGGUGCCCCGUCGUCCUAUCUGCGACAUCGGACUGAAUACAGUGAGGCUUCAGAGCAACAGGUUUUUUAGGAGGGCAGCAGAGGAGGGCAGGAGAAGGCUUGAGAGGCUUCCGUUGCUGGGCAGGAACGUGGGCCUGCUGCUGUCCUGGCUCCAGAGGACAGGUGUGGGUGCCGGUAAAAAGGCCGGUGGACAGAAAAGGAAAGGACUACUCUCCAUAUUUGCAGACCACUGUGGCUUUGUGACCGGUCAGAGGCUCAGGCGUGCCUGCCAGGUUGGCGAGUUUUACUCCAACCUGUACUCAGGGCGAACCAGGUGGACCCUGGUUGGCAACAUAUGGCGCAGGUUUCAGAGCAAGCAUGCCCCUGGAGCUAGGAAACUCAUGGCGGCUCUGGCUGUCUUCAUGUGGGACAGCGAGAAGAUCCAAGACGAGGAAAUCCGCAGGUGUGUACUUGAACUACAGGCCCUGGAGACUGUGAAAUGUCUGUGCACAUCGUCGAGAUCCAUGGCUGGGCAGCAGGAAAGUGACUGGGAAACUGUGAUGGAGAAGAGAGAUUUCAGAGUGUGGAAGCGACCCAUUCCCAACAGUCACCUUUAUGAAUACAGAGUAUUAGGUUCCUACACUGAUGUCACACCAAGACAGUUCUUCAAUGUACAGUUGGACACAGAGUACAGGAAGAAGUGGGACUCUUUGGUUAUCAAGCUUGAUGUGGUGGACAGAGAUGCCAACACAGGCUCUGAAGUUGUGCACUGGGCAACACACUUUCCUUAUCCUAUGUAUUCGCGGGAUUACGUUUAUGUGCGUCGCUAUGAUGUUGACAUCGAAAAUAACCUGAUGAUCUUAGUGUCCAGAGGUGUUCAGCAUCCCAGAGUUCCAGAGACUCAAGAAUUUGUAAGAGUCCACUCGUACCAGUCUAAGAUGGUCAUCCGCCCUCAUAAGUCUUUCGAUGAGAAUGGUUUCGAUUACCUGCUGACCUACAGCGAUGAUCCGCAGACUGUUUUUCCUCGUUACUGUGUGAGCUGGAUGGUGUCAAGUGGUAUGCCAAAUUUUCUGGAGAAGCUUCAUACCGCUGCCUUGCGGGCCAAGAACAUGGAGGUAGGGAUUCACGACUACACAGGCGUCAUUAAGUCCAGCGACACCAACCGGCAGCCGAGCCAGGAGCGUAUCAGUGGAGAUAACCCACACACCGGGGGUUCUGGGCAGAUCUAUGCCUGAGAUGGAUUAUUUAUAGACCAGGGGUUAAUACUGGCAGGUUUUCACUUGCACUUGAGUCCAUAUAAAGCCCUCCAACCCAACUUAAGGGUAUAACUACAAAUGAAGUGCACAACCUACUCAAGGGACUCGUGUCCAUUGUAGCUGUGGUUCUCCUGGUUGCAAACGGGACAUUUGAGAACUGAGGACUGCACUGUUGACAGUAUUGCUGUCUUUGCGGAGAAAAUGUUGCAACAAAAUAAACAUCCGUACUGUCAGCUGUAACUCUGUAUUUUAUUUUAUUUUAUUUUAUUUUAUUUUUUAUUAGCCAGCCAAAUUCUGUCUUCAACCUUUGACAGUUACACGUGUCCUGUUUGUAAGAUUGAGCCAUACUUCCUGUUUCUAGAGCCGCUUUUGUCAAAGCACAGGUUCUCUCAUUGUAAAGCUCUGUAGUCGGUGACAAAACUUUACUUUAAUCUCUGUUCAAACCGUCGGCACCCAAAUAACUCAGUGAUUUAGGUGUGGUUUUACCAAGGAGUCACACAUUUGGAAGAGGAUUAUGACUGAAAUCUGGUGGGCUGUAUCACUGAAAUGUAAGCUGCUGGCCUUGUUAGCCCAGCGUCACGUAAAGAACAGCGACCUCUGUGGGAAAACUUGUAACCGGUUCCUUCGUGUCAUGGAUGUAGAGCAUGUUUCCUGUUUGCAGCAUGAGAAUUUUAUAUAACUGGAUAAAGUGAAUUAAAGAAAAUGACACCAUUUAUUGUAGAAAAAAGUUGUCCAGAUGAUUUAAUUGUUGCUAUUGAAGUCAUGCUCUGUCUUUGUCCGAGUGUUUAAACUGCCAGCCUACUGAAGCUAAAACAGCCCUUCAGCAUUAGAGGCAUAGUGUCUUAUUACAGCCAUAGAAAUCCUCACAUACAACGGUACUAAAGUGCUUAUAGCAUGAAAGAAACACAAAAACUAGUGCCACUUCUGGGUCUGAUAUAUUUCAUUUGAGUUCAUGCUUGUCUCAUUUCAGCUCAGAUUAUGGUAUUUUUUCAUGUUCUGUUUGUAAUGAUGGGUUUAUGGGUGGUUUUUGUGUGUUUUACUGUACAUUUUGUACAUUUAUAUCCUAGCUCAUGAUUUGGUCAUACACUUUUUUUUUCUAAUCCAAGUCCUAGAGAAUCCCCUUGUCUUCACACAAUUCAUUAUUAAUAUUUUUCUAACAACUAAUACGCAGAGGUUGUAAUGAAUGUACAAAAAGAACCACAUUCUGUCUAUAAUACUGUUUACAGCCUGUCAAAGUGGCUCAAAUGCCCUAAUUAACUGUGCACAGUCCCUCAUCUUGUAUUAAAUUUUAUUAUGAUUUGUGGUACAUCUGAAUGAAGCAUCUGUUUCAUGAUUGUGACGGAAGUCCCAAUUUUAUGACAAAACUGUUUAAUUUUACGCGUAUGUCCUGCUAUUUAAUAAAUUGAUAGUGUAGGAAGAUUUUUGAUAUCCAAAUGUAGCGUUUUUGAUGCUAUUUCAUGGUCAGACAAAACUGUGACAUGCAUUAAUUAAACAUGUACUUCCUAUUGUUAAGCUUGUAUGCAAUUAUAAAAUUUUAAUGCAUAAUUUUAAGGUUUUUGGUCUCUUGCAGACUGUAAAUCAGUUGUAGCUUCAGCAUGUCAUACAAACAUUUGAACAACGAUGAAAACGCAGAUAAAAUAAACGUCUUUGUGUGCA